AUGCGACUCUUCAGCCUCGUCUGGCUGUCAGUCGUCACACUGGCGGCCCAAAGCCAGUCUCAGGAGGUCAACAAAACCUUCAACAACCCGAUCCUCCCGGGUUGGAACUCUGAUCCUAGCUGCACUUUUGUCAAGGAAUAUGAUGACACGUUCUUCUGUACUGUCUCCUCAUUUCUGGCUUUCCCGGGUGUUCCCGUAUACGCCAGCAAGGACUUGGUAAAUUGGAGACUUGCCAGCAAUGCUUUGACGCGACCGGAGCAAGUGCCGGAACUCUACCGGAACUCGGGACAGAAUGAGGGUAUUUGGGCGUCUACAAUCAGGUUCCGCAAAGGAACGUUUUACCUCAUCACAUCGUACGUCUCUUGGUAUGAAGGGUGGGGCCCCAAGAUCUUACUCUUCACAACCACCGACCCAUACGAUGAUGCCUCGUGGACGGGUCCCCUUCGCGUCGAGAAUCCGGCAAACGAUAUUGACCCGGACAUCUUCUGGGACAACAACAAGGUGUACAUGUCGGUGGCUGCCGGUAUCUACAUUAGCGAAAUCGAUCUUUCGACGGGCGCGGCAAAGGAGCCUAUCAAAGUCUGGAACGGCACCGGGGAUCGCAACCCCGAGGGGCCGCAUUUGUAUCGCAAAGAUGACUACUAUCAUCUGCUGAUUGGAGAGGGUGGAACGGAAACAAAUCACUCUGUAACGAUUGCUCGAGCGAAAGAGUUGGCAGGACCGUACGAAGGAGCUCCGCACAACCCUAUUCUAACGGCCAAGAAUACCGACUUGUAUUUUCAGACGGUGGGACACGCUGACCUCUUCCAAGACGCCUCCGGGAAUUGGUGGGGUGUCGCGCUGGCAACUAGGUCAGGUCCCGAGUGGGAGAUCUACCCAAUGGGGCGCGAGACUGUUCUCUUUGCCGUCAAAUGGGAUGAUGGGGGUUGGCCAGUACUCGACGAGGUACUUGGUGUUAUGGAUGGACCUUUGCCUCCCACGAACAGAGAUAUCCCCGGCAAUGGUCAUUGGAUCAACGAACCCGACGUUGUCGACUUUACGCCGGGCUCGGAGAUUCCUAGGCAUUUUAUCUUUUGGCGUCCACCAAAGACAGAUCUGUUCAGAGUCUCACCGGAGGGGCAUGCCAACACGCUGCAGAUAUCUCCUUCACCUGUCAACCUUUCAGCAACACCAGAAUUUAACCCAGAACAAGAUGGUCUCGGAUUCAUCGCACGCAAGCAGAGUGCUACGCUGUUCAACUACACCGUCGACGUCUCAUUCCAGCCAAAAGUUGAAAACGAGGAAGCCGGCAUUUCGGUCUUCUUGACCCAAUUCCAGCACAUAGAUUUAGGCAUUGUGAACUUGCCAGCUUGCUCCAACCAGUCGCUUGUUCCGAAGUUCCGUUUCAAGGUCGAGGCCUCAGGAAAGCCCAACAUCACCGUUCCCGAGAUAGCUCUCGUGACAGUGCCCAAAGCCUGGAGAUCGGAGCCGAUAAAGCUCUCCGUAUCUGCUAUCAGCGACUCAAAGUAUGUUUUCGGGGCAGCUCCGGCUUCUCGCCCAGAAGAAUAUCUGGAAAUUGGAUCGGCGAAUGCGUUGAUCGUUUCUGGAGGCAGUGGCCCGUUCACCGGCACAAUUGUCGGGGCGUAUGCUACUAACAAUGGCGGUGAUGGGAUGACGCCCGCAUACUUUAGUCGGUGGAGGUACACUCCUUUCAACUUCGUGCUACUUGGCAACAUGUCAAAUGUGGACACAUCAAUCGGCGCGCGUACCACGGGUGCCGCAGCCGACUUCGCAGCAAAGCACUCGGAAGAGCACCCAUUGAAGCUCUACGGCGGCUGGUUCUGCCCCUUUGUCCAGCGAUCAUGGAUCGUCCUCCACGAAAAACAGAUUCCCCACCAGUACAUCGAGAUCAACCCGUACAAGAAGGAUCCCGAGUUCCUAAAGAUGAACCCUCGGGGGCUGGUCCCGACCUUGGCCGUUCCCGUGGAUGUGAAGGGCAACGAGCAACGACCGCUCUACGACAGCACUGUGGUUUCCGAGUACCUUGAGGAAGCAUAUGCCGGGAACAACUAUGGGCCGCACCUUCUCCCGGAGGCGGCGUAUGAUCGUGCGAGGUGCCGGUUGUGGAUCGAUCACAUCAACUCUCGCGUCGUGCCGGCAUUUUACAAAUUUAUUCAGCACACUCCAGAGAAGGAGUACAGCAUCGAAAAAGCACGUGAUGAGUUCUUGGCUCACAUCAAAACUUUGACUGCACAGAUGGAUUCCGAAGGUCCCUGGUUCUUGGGAAAGACAUUCAGUCUCGUGGACGUGAUGAUAGCCCCUUGGGCCAUGCGUCUGUUCCUAUUCGAUCAUUACAAGCCAGGAGGACUUGGGAUCCCCUCUGAAGGGGAAGGCGGCGAUGAUGAAGCGGCAUGGAAGAGGUGGAGGCAAUGGUACGAUGCUAUCAAAGAGAGGCAAAGCGUAAAGGAUACGCUAAGUGACGGUGAUGCCUAUAUUGAGGUGUACAAACGGUACGCUGAGGACAAGACCAACUCGGGGGUGGGACAGGCAACAAGAGGUGGAGGAAAGUUGCCUUGA